AUGCCGUAUCGCACCAAGGAGUCCGCACCGGGAACUCCGAGAGCAUAUACCACACCUCCCCAUCCGCUCAAUCUCACCAUGGGCUUUAGCAAUAACGCCAAAGAUCUUCUUUUUCCAGUCGGAGGGCUCAUCUCAUUACCGGUGCCACUGGCCAUAAACAUUGCAGCCGCAGUAGGGGUUCUGAAUUCGGCUCUCUCAGCACCCAGUGUAAAGCGCAUUGUAUGGACUGGAACAAUUCCCAUUGCUUUCAGACCAGGCGAGACCUAUAGACAGGACGGCAACACUUGGGCGGGAGAUGCUGUUGCUGCUGCAUGGGCACCGCCACCUUAUACCCCAGAGCGUGCUUGA